GAGAGGUUUGGUCCAAUGCUGCUGUGGGCCAACAGGAGAGGGAAGGCUGGGUGGGGGCAGAACAGAAGGGAGAGGACAGCGGGGCAGAUCACGCUCCCAACACCUGCACCUGGUCACUUUGGGUCCCAUUCAGUCACCAGCUCAAGUCCGCUUCUCCGACCCGUGGACCAACAUCUCGAUCACAUCACCGGUGGUUUUAGUGGCCAGAAACUUUUGGAGACUGUGGGACAAGCGUUCAGGGAUCUGAUGCCAUUUUCUCUUUCUUUUCCUUUUAUUGUUACGCAGAGGAAUGCCUUCGGAUAAAAGCGACUGAUUCGGCAUUGUGGGUUUUUUUUCUCUCCCACGGAACUAUCAGACCUUUCGUAUUUUUUCAACAGCGCAGAUCUGCUGCUGUAAAACGCUGUUUUUUUGGUUUGUUUGUUUUGUUUCUUUUUUUUUUUUCUUUCUUUGCCAGUUCGGUCUCCAAAGGCGCAAAACGCGCGGAAUGCCGCGGUAACAUCUCGCAAGUUGUGGCUGUUUUCGCAGAAAUCAAAGAUUUAGAUCUCUGUGGGCUACCUGCAUGACUGUUACCAUGACAGCAUCUGGAGCCCAGCUCCUCCUGUUGGCCCUGUGUGUUUACAGAGGCUGGGGCCUGCAGCAGUCUGCGCCGCGGGUUCGCCUCUCCUUCAAAGAACUCAUGGACACAAAAGCAGCGCGACCCUUCAGUUUUUCCUUCAACACCAGCGACUACAGAAUCCUCCUCAUGGAUCAGGACCAGGGCCGCCUCUACCUGGGCAGUCGGGAGUACCUGGUUGCUCUGGACAUGCACAAUGUCAACAAAGAACCGCUUAUAAUCCACUGGCCAGCAUCUGCAAAGAGAAAGGGAGAAUGCCAGAUGACAGGAAAGGGUAGACAGGGCGAAUGUGCCAACUUUGUGAGGUUGAUUGAGCCGUGGAACCGCACCCACCUCUACACCUGCGGCACAGGGGCGUACCAACCCAUCUGCACAUUCAUCAACCGAGGCUGGAGGGCAGAGGUGAACACGGCGUUUACAGAUCCCCAAGUGGGAUUUACAGCAAAACGCCCCAAGCAGCGCAGACCUGGAGAGCUUUGUCCUGCUAAAUAUUUCAGGACGGCAAACUGGGACACUGAUUUGUUUAUGAUUUUCCUUAUGCUCUAUUUUUAUGCACACUCUCUCUCUGAUCUGCCUCUGCAGGACUACCUGUUUAGACUGGUGUCUGGUUAUAUGGAUUCAGGGAAGGGAAAAUGUUCCUACGAUCCCAAGCAGGAGAAUGUUGCAGUUUUGAUCAACGGAAACCUGUACGCAGGUGUACAUAUUGACUUUAUGAGCACAGACGCUGCUUUAUUUAGGACCAUGGGAGGGAGGACAGCAAUCAGGACGGAGCAGUAUGAUUCCAGGUGGCUCAACGAGCCGGUGUUUAUCCAGAUCCAGCAGAUCCCUGACAGUGCAGAAAAGAAUGAUGACAAGCUUUACUUCUUUUUCCGGGAGAAGAGUCUAGACACCAGUGGUGGGGCGAGCCCCACGGUUUUAGCCCGGGUGGGGAGAGUGUGUCUGAAUGAUGAAGGUGGACAGAAAUCCCUGGUGAACCGCUGGACGACAUUCCUGAAGGCGCGUCUUGUCUGCUCAGUUAUAGGAGACGACGGAGUCGAGACGUCGUUUGAUGAACUACGAGACGUGUUCAUUCAACCAACACAGGAUGAAAGAAACCCCAUGGUGUACGCUCUGUUCACCACAGCCGGCUCUGUGUUUAAGGGCUCAGCAGUUUGCGUAUACUCGAUGGCUGACGUCCGCAACGUCUUCAAUGGGCCGUUUGCCCACAAGCACGGCCACAACUACCAGUGGACAGAAUACACUGGGAAGAUUCCCUAUCCACGGCCUGGAACAUGUCCAGGAGGAACCUUCACUCCAGGCAUCCAGUCGUCCAAGAACUUCUCGGAUGAAGCUGUGAAUUUCAUCCGCUCACAUCCCCUCAUGUUUCAUUCAGUGUAUCCCAUCCACCGCCGCCCCCUGGUGGUGAAAACCGGCGUGGACUACCGGUACACGGCCCUUGUGGUUGACCAGGUGGACGCAGUGGAUGGGCGCUAUGAGGUCCUAUUUCUAGGCACAGACCGAGGCACAGUGCAAAAAGUCAUCGUUUUACCCAAAGACCCAACAACCAUGGAGGAACUGACUCUAGAAGAGGUUGAGGUUUUUCGGACCAGAGUUCCUGUUAAAACAAUGAAGAUUUCUUCAAAAAGACAACAGCUGUACGUGUCAUCGGACGCGGGGCUGACGCAGGUGUCACUGCACCGCUGCGGCGUGUACGGCAGGGCCUGCUCCGACUGCUGCCUGGCCCGGGACCCCUACUGCGCUUGGGAUGGAGAGAGCUGCUCCGCCUUCACCCCUUCUACCAAAAGGAGGAGCAGAAGACAGGAUGUAAAGCACGGUGAUCCACUGAGACAGUGCAGGGGCUUUAAUGCCAAAGUGGAGAAACGUUUGAGAGAGACGGUGCAGUUUGGGGUGGAGGGCAGCAGCACCUUCUUGGAGUGUCAGCCUCGCUCCCCUCAGGCCACAGUCAAGUGGCUUUACCAGAGGGAGGGAAAGAGGAAAGUGCUGAAUCGUGUUGGAGGAGUUCUGAAGACCAACCAGGGAAUCCUCCUGAAGUUUCUCAACCAAUCAGAUGCGGGGCUCUACCACUGCCUCGCCACCGAGAACAACUUCAAGCACACCGUGGCCCGCGUGGCUUUGCGCAUCCUGGAUCGGGACAUCGUUUUGGCGCUGACCGCUCAGGACGAGGACGAGGAGCCAAAAACCCGCCAAGCAGGGGCGUACCCUCAGUCGUCCGUCGCCUCCACGCCUUUCCCACCUGAGAUCAGACUGAUUAACCAGUACUGCCAGUCCUACUGGGACCAAGUCAACCCCAAACAGCAGCAGCAGCAGCGGAAGCGCACGAACCGCAGGCACACAGAAAGUCAAGACCAAGGUCUCGGUUAGGCGGCGGGACGGUCCAACACCGGUCUGUCUGGACUUUAUGCUGGACGUUUUAAUUCGACACUCGUUUGGGUGUCACUUCCACUCAUUUGGGGUGGGUGACGCUAUUAUUGUUUUAUCAUUAAAGUGUUGUUGGUUUUGCAAGUUUCAACCCAGUAAAUCCAUAUUAAAUAUAGUUUACACUACUGAUGACCACAUUCUACAUGAUGCCAUAGUUACCAAACAGCAGCUUUAUUACAGUGUAUAAUAAUGUUACUGUUCUUAAAAAAAUAAAAUAAAAGAACUGUUCAGUGGAACAAAGCACACAUUUCACAUAAACUUGGUGUUCUUUGCAAAAAAAAAAAGGCUGAAUGCAAUAAUGCAAAUGAUAAGCCUAUAGUUACACAGGUAUGCUUUCCUUUAAGUAUCUCCGAACAGAAGUGUAAUAUAUUAAUUGUGAAUAUAAUAUUAACGGUCAUGACCUGUUGUUUCGGUUUCCCUGUAUGGUAUGAUGUUGAUAUAAAUGCAUAUUUUUGCAUGCAUACUGUCGUUGCUCGUUGUACAUUUCAUGGUUGCUCUCUCGUUGUGUUCUGAUGUUGGUGAGUCGUAAUGUUAAGCUAAUUCCAUUGGAUGUUGAUAUUUACUGCCCUCCCAUUACUGUCCUGUGCUUUUGGUGACCUGCAGUAUGUGAGUAGUGAAGUUCUGUGUAGCGUACAGUGUUCUUCUUCCAGUUAUGCACUUUGUUGUUGGUGGCAUUCAUGGGAAAUGGGGAUCUUUGCACAGAUGUAUGACAAGAACUGAUUUUUUUUUUUUUUAAUGUACAGUAUACGAUAAAAAUGGGAGCGAACCUGGA